AAAUAAAAUAAAAUACAAUAAAAUUUUAGAAUUGAAAUUCUUCUUUCCUGGAGUUACAGCAAUGAUCUUCUUGUAACAGACUACACAACUCAAAACCCACAUGUCGUUAGCCCAAAAAAUCCUCAUUUCAGUGUCACACUGUCCCAGGAGAAUUUAAAGUUAGAACAAUUACAAGAAAUUCGAUUCAAUUGAGAGAUAGAGAGAAAGGAGAGAAUUCGAUUCGAAAAAAACAAGAAAAAAGAAGAAGAAGAAUUUGAUUGAAGCAGCUACCUAUAAUUGAUUGAAGAAGAUUAACCAAGUAAACCCGAGUCCAUAUAAUUUCCAAGAACAGAGAGACUUACAAAAGAUUCAAUCAAGAAUCAUAUCUUGGCGAUUUCGCAAUUGGGUUUGGGUUUGGGUUGCAUUACAUAACCCAAAACCUACAAGAAUUUGUGCUACUGGAUUAUAACGAGCUAAUUGCUGCUAAACCUUCAAACCAGGAUCGUGUCUAUGAGCAGAUUCCAUCAGUCUAUGCUAAACCUUCAUGCCUAGGUUAUGAAGGGUUUUCGUGAGAGGGUUGCCUCAAGAUGUUCUUCUAAAUGUCCAGUUGAUACCCCGAAUAGAUCUUUGACAUCUGAUUGUUUGGAAUCAGGGUCUAAUUUCUCCACCAAGGGCUCUUUAUGGUCAAGCUUCUUUGCAUCUGCUUUCUCAGUGUUUGAAACAUAUCGCGAGUCACCACCAGCUUCAGAGAAGAAAGGAAGCCACUCUAGACACAAUGGUUGGACGUCAGCUGUGAAGAAAAUUGUGUCAGGUGGCUCAAUGAGGAGGAUUCACGAGCGUGUAUUAGGACCAAGCAGGACUGGGAUAUCUAGCACAACUAGUGACAUAUGGCUUCUAGGUGUGUGCUAUAAGAUAUCAGAAGAUGAGUCUGGGAAUGCAGAUACUGGCAAUGGAUUAGCUGAAUUUACACAUGAUUAUUCAUCACGAAUUUUGAUGACGUAUAGAAGAGGCUUUGAUGCAAUUGGAGAUUCAAAAUAUAUCAGUGAUGUGGGUUGGGGUUGCAUGUUAAGAAGCAGUCAGAUGCUUGUUGCUCAGGCAUUGCUUUUUCAUAAAUUGGGGAGAGCUUGGACAAAACCUUUCCAGAAGCCUAUGGAUCAAGCAUAUGUUGAGAUCUUACACCUUUUUGGUGAUUCUGAGGCAGCACCUUUCUCUAUCCACAAUCUAAUUCAGGCAGGAAAAGCUUAUAGCCUUGCAGCUGGGUCAUGGGUAGGCCCAUAUGCCAUGUGCCGCUCCUGGGAAUCUCUUGCCCGUUCUAAGAGAGAGGAAAACAGCCUUGAAUACCAGUCACUUCCAAUGGCUGUUUACGUGGUUUCUGGUGAUGAAGAUGGGGAGAGAGGUGGUGCUCCAGUUGUCUACAUUGAAGAUGCCUCUAGACAUUGUUUAGAGUUUUCAAGAGGGCAAGCUGAUUGGACACCAAUUCUUCUGUUGGUGCCUUUGGUUCUUGGACUUGACAAAGUUAAUCCAAGGUACAUACCAUCACUGCAGGCGACAUUCACCUUCUCCCAAAGCCUUGGCAUUAUGGGUGGGAAACCUGGUGCCUCAACCUAUAUUGUGGGUGUGCAAGAUGACAAUGCUUUUUACCUUGAUCCGCAUGAAGUUCAAUCGGUGGUCAACAUUGGCAGAGAUGACAUAGAGGCUGAUACUUCAUCUUACCACAGCGACAUCGUACGGCAUAUACCUCUGCACUCAAUUGAUCCAUCAUUGGCAAUUGGAUUUUAUUGCCGAGACAAAGAUGAUUUUGAUGAAUUCUGUCUGCUGGCAUCCAAGCUGGCAGAUGACUCACAGGGUGCGCCGUUAUUUACUGUGGCUCACUGUCAUAAAUUGCCAAAGCCAGUAAGCCAUGGUGACAUGUUAAACAAUGAAGAUGAUGAGGUUCAAGAGGAUGAUUCUGUUAAUGUGAUGAUGCCUGUGAAUGAUGACGCAGAAGGCGGGGGUGCCCAAGAGGAUGAAUGGCAACUCCUUUAAUUAGUUACCACUUUGGAGAUUCAAACUUUUUACAUGGUUCUGCUUGUAAUAGGGUAACAUACCCAAUUCAUACAUCAGCUCUGACUUGUGUUUCUGUUCGUUAUUCUUGUUUUGGAUUUAACAUUUGUAGAAAACAGAAAAAAGAAGAACUAGCAAAAAGUACAGGAGUCCACUCGAAUACUAUAAUUCUUUUCAAAUUGUUUUUAAAGGUGUUAGCAAAUUUAACAAAGUUGUUAAUAUUGUAAGAUAAAAAUGCUGGAAUUUCAGUUUA